CACUCUGUGGUGCUUCUCUUUUCUCCUGGCCGAAAGCAGAUGCUUGCCACUUUCAGUGUCCCUGGAAGCUCACAGGGCUGCAAAGAUGGCCCACGGGAAACUGCUUCGGGCUACUCUGCUGGUCUCUCUUUCUUUGGUGUUGGUCGAGGGCACGGACCCCGGCUUUGUGGGCAGGAUUACUAACAAAGGGUUAGAUUAUGCUCGCCAGGAGGGCGUUACAGCCCUGCAGAGAGAGCUGGCCAAGAUCAAGCUGCCCGCGUUCUCUGGGUCCUUCAAAGUCAAACAUUUUGGAAAAAUACAUUACAAAUUCGACAGCUUGCAAAUACGCUCGUUCCAGCUGCCCAGCUCGACGAUUGCGCCCAUCCCGAACGUGGGCCUCAAAGUCUCCAUCUCCAACGCCUUUGCUGAGAUCUCGGGGCACUGGAGGGUCAAGAAGAAGCGGGUGCUAAGCGACCAUGGCUCCUUUGACGUGAAGAUCGAGGGCCUCUCCAUCUCUGUGGGUUUGCAGUUGGGCAAUGACUCUGCCGGGAGGCCCACCGCCGGCACCUCUGCAUGCAGCGCCCAUAUCUCCAGCGUCACGGUGCACAUUCAUGGCAAGUGGAGUUGGCUGUACAAUCUCUUCCGCAGUAAGAUAGAGUCAGCCUUAAGGAGCAUCAUGGAAAAGGAGGUCUGCGAAGAGGUGCCCAAGUCUGUCAGCUCCAAACUGCAGCCCUAUCUACAGACUCUGCCAGUCACGGCAAAAAUUGACAGGGUGUCUGGGAUCGAUUACUCCCUGGUCGGCCCUCCGGUUGCGACAAAUAAUUCCCUGGAUUUGGAUCUGAAGGGCGAAUUCUUCUCCCUCGCUCAUCGCUCUGCCGUUCCCUUCCCGCCACCGGCCUUGUCUUUUCCUGUGGAUCAUGACCGCAUGCUAUAUUUUGGGAUCUCCAGUUACUUGUUCAACACAGCCGGCAUCGUGUACUACCAAGCAGGUGCUCUGACCUACGAGAUCACAGAUGACAUGAUUCCUAAGGAGUCUAAAAUCCGGCUGAACACCUCUUCCUUUGGAUCCUUGGUUCCACAAAUUGAGAAAUUAUACCCCAACAUGCUCAUGAAGCUCAAGGUCUCGCCUACGUCUCCACCAUCUCUGGCCAUUGCCCCCGAAAGCCUGUCGCUUGCACCUACGGUGGAUGUCCAAGCCUUCGCCAUCCUCCCCAACGCCUCCCUGGCUCCCCUGUUCGUGCUUGAUGUGGCAACCACCAUUUCAGCCACCGUUGCUAUGAAGUCCAAUAACAUCGUUGGGUCCCUAAAGAUCGGCAAGCUGCAGAUGUCCUUGAAGCAUUCAGACGUGGGGCCCUUCCCAGUGCAAUUGAUGCAGGCCUUCGUGAACUACUACGCUGCACAAAUCCUGCUCCCUCAAAUUAAUGCACGGCUGGCCCAGGGAUUCCCUCUCCCCCUCCCGGAUCACCUGCAGCUGUCCAGCCCCAUCCUUCAACCACACCAGAAUUUUUUGCUCUUCGGAGCGGAUGUUCAGUAUGGUUAGUGAAGACGCCAAAGACAGCAAGAGGGACUGCAGAGAUCCAUCCUUCCUUCCAUUCUCUUCUGCUGCUGCUUGAACUGGAGCAGUUCUCCCCUGAACGCCUUGUCCGUACGACAUCCUCUUCAUUCCUCCCUUUACCCUCGGCUGGAGUCCUUCAUGCUGGGCACCAAAGCUGCUCACAAGCUGAGCGGAAGGAGCAAGUGAAUACCUCCCCCAAAUGAUUGAGGCUCUGGCAUCAGGAAGGGGCUCCCGCUAUUAUCAUGCUGGACAUCAGCUGGCACAGACCAUUUUCAGGCUGUAUCGGCUUCAGGGUUGUGCUCUUUGACCCCCAGCAAGAAUCGAUUGGGAACACAAGUCGAGGAGACCCUCCAAGGGGGCUUCCCCUUUUAAGCUGUUGCUGCAGAUACUGCAGGUAAAUCCGCUGGCCAAGUUCAGGCGCUGCUCCCCUUUCAACGCUAAUGAUUUGGGCCCCGGUGCUUUGUACUGAUGGUCUCUCUCUUGGCUGACCUCAAGUGGUCUGUCUCAGUGGAACCUCCAUGGUCAGCAGCAGCGUACCUCUAAAUGCCAACUGCUAGGAACGAAUAAUAGGAGUAAGAUUGUCCCUGUAGGCUUCCUGGGGACAUUUAUCUGGAAACCGGCUAGAGCAAGGUUGACAACUCCAUGUCAGGAUAAUACAGCCUUCAAAGUAUUAAAUAAAAAGGAAAUCCGUGAAA